UUCUUCUCAUACAAACCAAAUUAUCAAGCUACUAACCUCUCAUAUUCCAACAUAUUCUCUCUGCUGGGCAAAAACCAGAAAAGAAAAAUGAGUUCCUCAAGUUUCAAUUUUACAUUGCUUAUGCCUCUUCUAGUUGGUUGUCUUAUGGUGGCUUCUGCUAGCCACUUCAACCAGGAUUUUGACAUCACAUGGGGAGAUGGCCGUGGCAAGAUAGUCAACAAUGGGGAGGUUCUCACUCUCUCCCUUGAUAAAGCCUCCGGUUCCGGUUUCCAGUCCAAGAAUGAGUAUCUUUUUGGCAAGAUUGAUAUGCAGCUCAAGCUUGUCCCUGGCAACUCUGCUGGCACUGUCACCGCAUACUAUUUAUCUUCGAAAGGAUCAACAUGGGAUGAGAUUGAUUUUGAGUUUCUGGGAAACCUUAGUGGGGAUCCUUACAUUCUUCAUACAAAUGUGUUCAGUCAAGGAAAGGGUAACAGAGAACAACAGUUCUAUCUCUGGUUUGACCCAACUGCAGAUUUCCACACCUAUUCCAUCCUCUGGAAUCCCCAACGUAUCAUCUUCUCUGUCGACGGUAGACCCAUUAGAGAGUUCAAAAACAUGGAAUCAAUCGGUGUUCCAUUUCCAAAGAAUCAGCCGAUGAGAAUUUACUCUAGCUUGUGGAAUGCGGAUGACUGGGCUACAAGGGGUGGUCUGGUGAAGACAGACUGGACUCAAGCUCCUUUCACUGCCUCUUACAGAAACUUCAAUGCUGAUGCCUGUGUUUGGUCUAAUGGAGCAUCUUCCUGCAAAUCAAAUACCCCAUCUUCUGCCUCAGCCAACAAUGCAUGGUUCUCUCAAGAGAUGGAUUCAACAAGUCAACAAAGGCUGCAAUGGGUUCAGAAGAACUACAUGAUCUACAACUACUGCACUGACGCCAAGAGAUUUCCUCAAGGUCUACCUCCAGAAUGCAAUAUGUCUUAAGAGGCAACCACAGUUAAUUAAUUAAUUAGAGAUCAAUAUUCUUUCAUUUCUUUUUUCUUCUUCAGGCAAAUGACGAUUCUUUUGUUCUUUGGGAAUUCCCUCUAUUUUUAUGUGAUAACUGAUACGUUAUUAUAAGAUAUGCAACAAGAGGAGUUCAUUUCCCCUUUCCAAAUUGAUGGUCCUUGAUCUAUUUAGUUUCUAGCUUAUCAAAUAGAAACUAAAAAAUUGAAUAUAAAUAUUGAGAUAUUUUAAAUGAUAA